GAAAACUUGAAAGAAGAAUAGAGGCAGAAGAAAACGUAAACCAAAGGCAAGAAGGAUUAACAAGAGGAUUUCAAGAGGCAGUAGAUACAUAUUGUAACAGAACUGAUAAUAAAGAAGAAACUACUUCUAAAAUUGCAAAAAGGUAUCAAAACAUAAAUAUGUCUGAUAAUGAAGAUACAAGUGAUAUAACCAGUAGCACUACAACUUCUACUGCAUCUAACCACAAUAGCAAACAAAAAUCAUCAUCAACUUUUUCCUAUGAACAAAAACUAAAAAAUGAUAAGAAUGGAGUUGCUUUAGCAUUUGAUGGAUGGAAGAAUAUUUUAAAACAAUAUAUAUUCAGUUCCUUAUUUAUCUUAUCAACUGGAGAAACCUUAAUUUGGAAAGCAACCGAUAUAAGCUCAGAGAGAGAAUGUAUAAUUGAAAUUAUUCCUAAAAUUAAAUCUAUAAUUAAUGAAGCAUCAGAUCUAGGUGCCAAAUUAUCUGCUAUCGUUUCUAAUAGUAUCCCAGUAUAUUCCA